AUGGAUGAAUUUCAGGACCAUUACGAGAACCAACAUGUGCCACUGGUGCUUCACUCCACGCCCACAAUAUCUCGCUAUGUGAGAAACUAUGUGAAAGCAGACUCAACCUUUUCAAAUCUCGACAGUCUCACUACACCAUUGUGCGAUGUGGUCACCGAGGCUUGGUUCGACUCGGAGGCGGAUUUCACGAAGUUUCAAUUGGACGCUUCCCGUCCAGAAGUACGGAAACUGAUAUCGGAAGAUGAACUUAGUUUCAUCGAUCGAAGUGCCAUCAGAGUGUUCCUCGUUCGCGAAUGUAUCUCUACAAUUUCCUAA